AUGAUUGGUUGGGGUACAGACACUUAUCCAGACGGAACACAUUUGGAUUAUUGGUUGUGUGCCAACCAAUGGAAUUAUGAUUGGGGAAUGAAUGGAUAUUUCAAAAUUGCUAGAGGUGUGGAUGAAUGUGGAAUUGAAUCCUCUGAAAUUUCUUUUGGAACUUUUUAA